AUGGCUGUUUGGCGUAGGAUAAUUCGUGCAGACCUUUGUUAGACUUAGACCUCUGUGGCGUGUGCUCAUUUCUCGUCAAUGCAGUGGAUUUCUCGCAGUGUUCAGAACGACGAAGUUCCGCAUGAAUUAUCUGAAGAGGUCUCAAAGGAAUUGAUGCAAUUUGGCUUGAACGUGCUGCUUGCAAAAUUCAGGAAAAGGUUCACUUCCUAGGUGAAAAAUUAUCAAGAACCUCGUGACAUUCAGUCUCUUCUUGUUUACCAAAUUUUGAGUGAAAGACAAACUGUUUUUUCACGGAUUUAUUUGCAAAGACUUGAUCGUACAAGUCAUUACGCGGAAAGUCAACAUCAGCAAGCUUCAAGGUGAUUUGGCAGAGUGAUUGGCAAACAUGUCGUCGCCGGCAACUACAUUUCUAGUUUUGUUUUUCUUUUGUUUUGUUGUCUAUGGGAGCUGUGAAACGCCGACAGCGCCGACAGCGCCGACAGCGCCGACAGUUAACGGCACAAAAAUAAAAUGGAAUGACAACUUUGAAGAUACAAGCUCAGAGGGAUCUGAUCUCAAGACAAAGUACGACGCGAAAGGCCUACAACCUUGGUACAAUUUCGCAAAUUCUUUCAUCGGAACAGUUCUCAGUAAAGACCCUUACGGUCUUCUAAUUAAAAUCAAGGAAGAUGGCUUAAAAGAAGACGUUAUCAAGAAUGAUAUUAUUAAAAGCUAUGCCAUGGGAAUGAUUGUUUGUGUGGGAAUUGGUAUUUUGUUCUGUGUGCUUAUGCCAAUUGUUGGGUUUUGUUUCUGUUGCUGUCGCUGCUGUGGAAAAUGUGGUGGGGAGAUGUCACAGAAAGAGAGAUCAAAUAAUGGCUGCAAAAGAGCUGUGUUUGCCGUGAUUCUUACUGUGAUCACACUUCUGAUGUUCACGGGAGUCUUGCUGACAUUUGUCUGCAAUGAUCGCAUGAGUGAAACUGUCAAUGAGAUGCAGACCAAUUCAGAUGCUAUUAUAGAUGAAGCAGUCAAAUUUAUUAACCGUACUGUAGGGGAAGUUGACAAACUCCUUGGUGUUGACUUUGGUUUUGUGAUUAAUCAGUUGACAACUGAUAUUACUGAUGAAAAACUUCAAAGUGUAGUGGGUGACCCUCUACUGAAGGAAUUAGAUACAGUCUCUCUUAAGCCAAUAGAAGCUGUGAAGAAUUUGGCUGCGAGCACUGAAACAAUGAGGAAUCAACUUGAGAGCAUCAGAAACACCAGCAGCAGUCUGUCAAACUCAACAACAGAACUUCAAUCGGGUCUGGAUGAAGUCAAAACCAACUUGACAGAGAUUUUGAAAAGUUGCGCUAAGUUGCCAAGUAUUCCAGGUGCCUGCAAUGAUACCAACCCAAAUGACCUUGCUACUGGAGCAAACUUUACAGAUCUUCCUGAUGUUUCAGAACAACUUAAAAGUGUUGAAGAUGUUGUAAAUGAGGACUUUGAGAAGACAGCCAAUGAAGGACUUGCAGAAGUUAGGGACAUUCCCCAAAAGGUCAUCAAUGACACAACUGACACACGGAAAGAUAUUAGAAAAAUGAUUAGCAAUGCAACUAGCACUGUCAACAAGAUGAGAGAUGAUCUCAAGAAAAUUGCAAAUGAUGAUGUCAUCUCAAAACUUGAGGAAUAUAAAACUGAUACCAUCCCAGAGGCCAAAAAACAAGCAGAAACUUAUGACAAGUACAGAUGGAUGGCUGGUGUUGGGUUGACCUGCAUUCUUCUCCUUGUUGUGGUGUUGAUGGCUCUUGGCUUGAUGUGUGGUGUCUGUGGUCAUGACAAGGAGGAUGUCAUCUCAAAACUUGAGGAAUAUAAAACUGAUACCAUCCCAAAGGCCAAAAAAGAAGCAGAAAAAUAUGACAACUACAGAUGGAUGGCUGGUGUUGGGUUGACCUGCAUUCUUCUCCUUGUUGUGGUGUUGAUGGCUCUUGGCUUGAUGUGUGGUGUCUGUGGUCACGACAAGGAGGCUUCACCAACCACUCGGGGUACAGUGUCCAACUUGGGAGGUCUUUCUCUUAUGGCUGCUGCUGGGUUCUGUUUCAUUUUUGCAUCAUUUUUGAUGCUAUUGACCACAAUCUGUUUUAUUAUUGGAGCACCAUUGCAAACAGUAUGUGAAGCUGUUGAUUCUGGUAAACUGUACUCUGAGGUUGUGGAUAAUCCACGCUUUUGGGGUGAUGAAGGAUACCUCUUAUCAAGAACCUUUUUUGGUGCAAAUAAGUCAAACAUACAAUUCACUAUAGGUGGAUUCAUUGAAAACUGCCGGCAGAACAAACCACUAUUCAAAGCUGGGCCCUUUGAUCAAGCUUUUAAUAUUUCAGACAGGCUGGACAUCAAAAAGUUGCUUGGAAAUGAUACUACAGAGCAGUUUGACAAUUUAAAGGUCAACCUGAGUGAUGUGAAUGUCUUCAGCAAUGAAACCCGCAACAGCCUUAUUCACCUUAGGGAUUCAGGUGUUGAUGAUAUUGAUUUUGGUGCAUUUUUGAAUGAGACCACAAAAGGUAUAACAGCUGUUAAUCUCACAGCAUUUGCCAAGAAUAUCAGUGAUCUUGGUGAUGCAUAUCAGAACGCAGGAAACAUGUUUUCUGGAGUUAAUGCAACUUAUGCAGCUGAGGCUUAUAGACUGGGAAACAAGUCACAUGACACUGCCCAGGCCCUGCGCAAUUUACAGGAGGAUGUAGUCAAGGAUAUGGAAAUUAAAUCAAAAGAGUUAGAUACAAACGUGAAGGAACUGCGAACCAUUGGUGGAACACUAGCAAACAACACUUUAGGAAAAGCAGAGGAGGCAGAGAAAUUUCUUCAUACUCGAUCAGCUUCUAACAUCAACAAAAUUGUAGAAGGGUACACGGAGCGAGUGUUAGGUUGGGGAUUUCAAUUCACAGACCACAUUGAGUACCUUCUAAACAACCAAUUGGCCAAAUGUCAGCCUGUGGCGAACAUUUAUGAUGCAACUAUUGUUAUAAUCUGCAAGCAAGCCCUGUACCCAUUUAAUGGUUUCUGGUUCUCCAUUGGAUAUUGUCUGUUCUUUUUCAUUCCUGCAAUAAUUUUCUGUGUUAAACUUGCUAAACAUUACCGCAGAAUGGAUUAUGAGAGUGACUUUGAUCAGGGACUCGAGUCGGAGAUGUUUGAAAUGGGGGGACAGCAUUAUCCGUCAGCCCCACCCCAUUACCCCGCGGCCAGCGAAAAGAAACAGUGGGCUAACCCCAAAAAUGCUGUCUAUCCCCAGGCUCCUCCAAGCAGAUACUAGCGCGGUGGAUAUCAGAACGGGACUAACCGCUACUAAAAAACUUCAGCUGGAAGAACAAGAGUUCCAUUCGAAAUCAAUGUGCAGAGUAAAUUUUACACCAACAGGUUACAUACGGAUUGAUUAGUCAACAAAUAGAUCAUCUACCUGAAGAUAAUGAAAUUAGUUUGUAUUUAAAGUUAAUUUAGUGUAACUCAGUAUUUUUCUUGACUACACAGCGCUAGAUUGUGAUUCCACAUCAGAGGCAUUUGCUUCCAAGCUUAUGUUUGGUAAGAGGGGGGGCGUGGUCAAAAGACAGGUGUGUAUGGUGGAAGUCCAAUCAGAGGUUCCUGAUUUUCUUUUUCCGUUAUUUUUUUCGUGAGGG